AUGGAGUCAGAGAUGUCUGGUGGCUCUGACAGCUAUCGUGUCGCCACCUCGCAGGACAAGAAAGAUGACAAGGGCUCGCCCAAGAAGAGCAAGGGCACCAAAGACCGCAGGGACCUGGAUGACCUCAAGAAGGAGGUGGCUAUGACAGAGCACAAGAUGUCCGUGGAAGAGGUCUGCCGGAAGUACAACACAGACUGCGUGCAGGGUCUGACCCACAGCAAAGCCCAGGAGAUCCUGGCCCGGGAUGGGCCUAACGCGCUCACACCACCACCCACCACCCCAGAAUGGGUCAAGUUCUGCCGCCAGCUCUUCGGGGGCUUCUCAAUCCUGCUGUGGAUCGGAGCCAUCCUCUGCUUCCUGGCCUAUGGCAUCCAGGCCGGCACAGAGGACGAUCCCUCUGGCGACAACCUGUACCUGGGCAUCGUGCUGGCAGCCGUGGUCAUCAUCACCGGCUGCUUCUCCUACUACCAGGAGGCCAAGAGCUCCAAGAUCAUGGAGUCCUUCAAGAACAUGGUUCCCCAGGUGGACAACUCCUCCCUGACUGGCGAAUCAGAGCCCCAGACCCGCUCUCCCGACUGCACACACGACAACCCCUUGGAGACUCGGAACAUCACCUUCUUUUCCACCAACUGCGUGGAAGGCACGGCUCGAGGUGUGGUGGUGGCCACGGGUGACCGCACUGUCAUGGGCCGCAUUGCCACCCUGGCUUCGGGGCUGGAGGUGGGCAAGACGCCCAUCGCCAUUGAGAUAGAGCACUUCAUCCAGCUCAUCACCGGCGUGGCUGUCUUCCUGGGCGUCUCUUUCUUCAUCCUGUCCCUCAUCCUCGGAUACACCUGGCUUGAGGCUGUCAUCUUCCUCAUCGGCAUCAUCGUGGCCAAUGUCCCGGAGGGCCUGCUGGCCACUGUCACUGUGUGUCUGACACUGACCGCCAAGCGCAUGGCUCGGAAGAACUGCCUUGUGAAAAACCUGGAGGCCGUGGAGACCCUGGGCUCCACAUCCACCAUUUGCUCGGACAAGACGGGGACCCUCACCCAGAACCGCAUGACGGUUGCCCACAUGUGGUUUGACAACCAGAUCCAUGAGGCCGACACCACUGAGGACCAGUCAGGGACCUCGUUCGACAAGAGCUCUCACACCUGGGUAGCCCUGUCCCACAUCGCCGGACUCUGCAACCGUGCCGUCUUCAAAGGAGGUCAGGACAACAUCCCUGUGCUCAAGAGGGACGUGGCCGGGGAUGCCUCAGAGUCUGCCCUGCUCAAGUGCAUUGAGUUGUCCUCCGGCUCCGUGAAGCUGAUGCGUGAACGGAACAAGAAAGUGGCCGAGAUUCCCUUCAAUUCUACCAACAAAUACCAGCUCUCCAUCCACGAGACGGAGGACCCCAACGACAACCGAUACCUGCUGGUGAUGAAGGGCGCCCCCGAGCGCAUCCUGGACCGCUGCUCCACCAUUCUGCUUCAGGGCAAGGAACAGCCACUGGACGAGGAGAUGAAGGAGGCCUUCCAGAAUGCCUACCUCGAGCUCGGCGGCCUGGGCGAACGAGUGCUUGGUUUCUGCCAUUACUACCUGCCCGAGGAGCAGUUCCCCAAGGGCUUUGCCUUUGACUGUGACGAUGUGAACUUUACCACGGACAACCUCUGCUUCGUCGGCCUCAUGUCCAUGAUUGACCCGCCCCGGGCCGCUGUCCCCGACGCAGUGGGCAAGUGCCGCAGCGCCGGCAUCAAGGUCAUCAUGGUCACGGGUGAUCACCCCAUCACGGCAAAGGCCAUCGCCAAGGGCGUGGGCAUCAUCUCUGAGGGCAACGAGACUGUGGAGGACAUUGCUGCCCGGCUCAACAUUCCCGUCAGCCAGGUCAACCCCCGGGAUGCCAAGGCCUGUGUGAUCCAUGGCACCGACCUCAAGGACUUCACCUCUGAGCAAAUCGAUGAGAUCCUGCAGAACCACACUGAGAUCGUCUUCGCCCGCACGUCCCCCCAACAGAAGCUCAUCAUCGUGGAGGGCUGUCAGAGACAGGGAGCAAUCGUGGCCGUGACUGGCGAUGGCGUGAACGACUCCCCUGCCCUGAAGAAGGCAGACAUCGGUGUGGCCAUGGGCAUUGCCGGCUCUGACGUGUCCAAGCAGGCAGCGGACAUGAUUCUGCUGGACGACAACUUUGCCUCCAUCGUCACGGGUGUAGAAGAGGGUGAGUUGGCCGGGGUGGUCCUGGAGACUGGGUUUCCUGCAUGA